AAGGCAGUGAAGCCCUCUGAGCGAGGUACCUACGAACAAGACACAGUCGCUGGCGUCGAAGUUGAGUGCUAACCAGACGGCAGUCAUUGGCGGGUGCGGGCUGUUCGUACAAGGCGUGUGUUGAGUGGUUCGUCUAUCCCCCCUCAUUAAAAGAACAGUGAUUGUGGUAAUUUAUUUUGAAAUCGUUGAAUGUAUGAACGGACGAUCGCAUAGAUCGUAAUAACAAAAUGUCAAGGCCAGGUGACAGACAGAGCUAUGCGCAGACCUAUAAAUUGGUGGUCGUGGGCGGGGGUGGUGUUGGAAAAUCAGCAAUAACGAUACAAUUCAUUCAAAGUUAUUUCGUCACCGACUACGAUCCUACCAUCGAAGACUCGUACACGAAACAGUGCGUCAUCGAUGACACACCAGCCAAACUCGACAUCUUGGAUACCGCUGGACAAGAAGAAUUCAGCGCAAUGCGAGAGCAGUAUAUGCGUAGCGGCGAAGGUUUUCUUUUAGUAUUUUCCGUCGCCGAUCACUCGUCUUUCGAUGAGAUGUUCAAAUUCCACCGACAAAUUCUCAGGGUUAAAGACCGUGACGAGUUCCCGAUGCUAAUGGUUGGCAACAAAGCUGAUCUGGACCAUCAGAGAACCGUUUCCAUGGAAGAGGCGCAAAACUUGGCAAGGCAGUUGAAAAUCCCGUACAUCGAAUGCAGCGCGAAACUGAGGAUGAACGUCGAUCAAGCCUUUCACGAGCUAGUCCGAAUUGUCCGUAAGUUCCAGCUCUCUGAACGACCGCCGUUAAAGCCGAAUUAUAAGAUGUCGAAGAAGUGUUGCGUUUUGUAAUGAAAAUUCAUUGCUUUUACAUAUCUAUAUAUCAACAACAUACGUGCCAUCGGCAACAUGGAGAAAAUUAAUGGAAACAAGGUUUAAGAAGACAACAGGGCGAUAAAAAACAAAUAACAAUAAUCCGUUGAAAAUACAAUGAGACAAAGUAAACAGUAACGACGAUAAGUCACUUGCCAUUCAAGCUGCAGCUACGUAUUAUAAACCAGACCAGAAUAGAAUUUCAUAACGGUUAAAAGUUACAAUUUUUGAUUUACGAUUCUUCUUACGUAAUAAUGUUGGCGAUCAUGUAGUAAGCGAUAUUUACGUUUUAUGUGAGUUUACCCCAACUUUAUACGUACGUAGACUCAACUUAAGGGGCAACACCACUCCAACGGCCGAAAAGAAAGGCCUAAGAUUGACGAUUUAUUUUGGGAAUGUGGAAAAAGGAAUAGGAUUUCUUUUCAGGUGGUUUAUCUUACACAUAUCGAAAUAUGAAACAAAAUUUCUUAUCAUCAUUUUGAUGCAAAAUGGCGGCGACAGAGUCAAUCUUUGAAAUCGCCGUUUUUUAAACUCCUUCACGGGAGAACAGAUUUCUCGUAAAGUCUAAGACCUGGAACAAAAAAACCAAUAAAUUUUAUAACCUAUAUACUAUUGCCUAUGGGACUACAUAGGGUUUUUUUUUUUAAUUAAAUUUUGUAGAAAUGUUGCAGUUUUGAAAAAAAAAUCGAUAUUAAGGCCAAAAAAUUAGCAGUAAAUUGUUUAUAAAAAACAUGUUUACAUUAAAUAAAAAACCGGCUACGUACUGCCAUAGAGAAUGUAAUAGCAAAGCCACUGUCAACAUUUCAAAUCAAUCUAUGCAUCGGUGUUUAAGUAAUCUGUCCUCCCAGUUUGAAAAAAGUGGUUUCGAGAAUAAUACGUUUCAAGUUUUACGAAUACUUAAAUCUUUGAAAUUUUUGGUCUCUUCAAAUUAGAGCAUUUUUCCCUUUUGAAUUUUCUUUCACUAUAGGACCAACUGUGUAUUGUUUUUAUGACCCUAAAUUAUUGUUUAAGCAAAAAAAAAUGAAUAAAAAUCAUACUUUUCAAAAUCCUAGAGUGGCGUUACCCCUUAAUACAACAAAUCUGUAAAGGAAGGCGAUGGCAUUGAACAAAAUUUCUGAUGAGUGCGUUGAAUUAAUAAUUAGUAAUAGUAAUAAGAAUAUUAAUGAUAAUAAUAAUCUCAAGAUCAUCGAGAAAACAAUUGCGUUUUAAUGUUAAUAUUUAUAUACAUACAUUAUUAUUGUAUCAAGUCUUAUCAGUCGUUAUGAUACAUGCACUUACAGAAUAUCAUCCAAAAGAAAUUUCUAAACCUUGAAAUUGAGGAAAAAAAUUUUAUUCCUUAACAAAAAUCAUCAACAGAGUUUAUAACUAUACGUUAGUGUAUAAUAAAUUCAUGCUAUGGAUAACAGUUUUAUAUUAUCGAUAUUAUUCCUGAAGCUUUAUUUGCACGUGUUUUCAUCUCAGGCGUAUGCGUAGCUGUUGUCUGUUGUAAGAUUAAGUCCAGUGAAAUUUCAUAUUUGUAUAAAACAUGAGUAUUUUUGAUUGGUUACUUAUCAAUGAAGAAAAACGUCUUGUAUUCGGUAUCAUUGAUCGGAAUCAAACUGUUGAUUAGAUUUUAGUAUCUAUCCAUUAGGAAACUGGUAAAAAUCGAAUUUCUCAGAUGGAAAAAUUGACCGAAAAAAUAUCGACAAUAUUAUAUUAUAAUACAAGUAAUCUAAUGCUCCGGUGCCAUCAUCUUUUUAAAACGAUUAUGUAUGGCUAGUUAGGGGGCUUAAGAAAGUCGGUACAAAAGGUUUAUAUAGGAGAAAUUUGGUAAAGGUGAAUUUUCUGGACACAAUUUUUCAAUUUCUCCAUAAAAAAUGGAAAUUAUUUUCGAUUCUAUAUUUAAAUUCAUUUUCCUAUCACUUUAUUUCAAAUCUAAUAAUCAGACAGCAAUUCCUUUCAAUUGUACUCACGAUGCGAGUUGGGAACAUUUUCAGAAAAUUCACUUUAUCCCACUCAUAGUAUGUUCAUAUUUUUAUUCACCUUUGUGUUCACAAAGAAACGUAUCGGUAGAAUAAUAUCAUGGUAAUUGUUUAAAUUUUAAACGAAGAAGAUGAUAAAUAUUUCUGGUUAUACUGUAUGCUGUAGGAAUUAAAGGUAAAAAGCUUACGUAAGCUCGUUGACCGAGUGCAAUGAUAACAAUUUUCAUACUUGGAACGUUAAGGAAACUAUUUCCGAGGGUUAGCAAAAAAAAGAAAUUGAAAUAAAAAUUGAUUACUAAAAAUGAUUUUUAUAUAUUUUUUAUAGACAAGUUUCAGAAGGGUUUUAAUGCAAGGGAGCAUAGUGUACACCUCAAGUUCAGAUUUAUAAAGUGACCCUCUCUUGGAAUAUACUUUUACCUAUUUAAAGUGCUUUAGUUCGAAAUAUUUUUUAUAUAUAAUAUAUAUAUAUAUAAAUAUAUCUGUAUAAAGUUUAUACAGAAAAAUAUCUAACUGCUGUAAUACAGGUAUUUUACUCUGUAUUUAUAAUGUGUUAUUAAUUCCUAGAAGAUAUGUAUACUUACAUGAGGCAUCACAAUUCUACAACAUCUCAUCGCAAUUUAUAUCCAAUGGAUUCAUAUGUAUAUCAUUUUAUCAUCGAUUUUAUUAUUUAAUUAAAACUUCACAAAUAUUAGUUUCUCUUACACUAUCACGUUGCAUUAAUGUUUUCAUCAGAAUUUUGCGAGGAUACAGAUUUUAUUCUGAUCGUGGUAUAAAAUUAUGCAGUGAUUCGUAUGUACCAUACUAGUACUGCACAAACGGUAUACAUUCAAUUCAAAUUAUUACUCAUAUUAUCUGCCAAUUUAAUUUUUCAAAAUUUUUUAUUAUUGAGUUGCAUUUUAAAUAGAAAUCGACAGAAAAUAAUAAUGCAGAAUUUGAUAUGUCGGCAUAUAGUCUCAACUUUUAGAAUCCAUAUUCAUCUGCUAUUUGAAGUCAUCAAUAUACGUAGGUUGUAAAUGAAUGAUAUACAUAUUAAUUAAGACAACAUAAAUUUCAAAAAGUCGAAAGUGGUCAUAUAAUCAGAAGAAAAUUAAUUGAACGGAUUUUCGUUGUUAAAAACCUUUAUUGCGUUAUUGUAUUAUUCAAAAUUUUACUGUGUUUUUUUAAGAGAGAGAAUUGAGUAUAUUUAUAUCGUAAUUACAAUCGCGCUAAAUGGCAACACUUAGAACGUGUAAUAUAAUCUUAAUAGCCAAAAUUUGUUAGAAUUUUAUUGUACAUAAUAAGUACCAGUGUUUUAUAGUUAUAAUUAUUAUUAUUAUUAUUACUAUUAUAACAACAACCGAGUAUUUACUGAAUCGUUAGAAUAAUGGUAAUUAAAUUAAUGUUUAUCAAUAGCUUAACUUCAAAUAACACCAAUAAAUAAUUGUCUAAUAGAAGUAUCUAUGUAAAAUGAAUGUGCUGAAUGUGUGUAAUAACUACGCGCAAUAUAAUUUAUAGGCAUUGUCAAACAAAAAGCACAACGAUAAUUAACGGUUAAUUGAAAACUGAACUGAACUGAACAAUAUAUACAAAGAAAAACGCUUUCACUCAGUGUCUCGUUUUUAAAUGAAAAAAGAUUGAAGCUUAAUUUCUAAGGUACAUACCUAGUUAGUAUCUACUACAGACGCUGUUGGUGCGAGUUUCACUGCUAUACCAAUGUACUCGAUAAUUCUACAGUGCUGCCACAAUUCUUUUCACACUCCUAAUGAGUAAUACAUAAUAUGUAAUCGUUCUAAUGCAUACAUAUUAAGGAUACAAUUGUUUGAUGAAAAACACUUUGUAACAUUUAUUAAUCGGAGAUUUUUAUUACAUAAAUCUAGCGCACAGCGGUCGGAUUUAUGACGAGAAUUAAUUUCCAAGGUAAAAUAUAUUGUACACCAAAUAACACCAAAAUAAACUAAUUAUUAUAAACUCUUUUACAUAAAAUCUA